AGCUCCUCCCCCGCUGUCUGUCACCGUAGCUCGGCCAAGUCAGCAGCAGCCAGCCGGCCGUCCAGCGGCAAGUUUUCGGGCGAAUUAACAAGAAAAGGCUCAGCAAGGCCCGAAAAUGAGUCAGUUCAAGGAGCGUUUCGUGACUCUGCUCCAUGAGAAGAACUUUGUGACAGAUCAGUUGGCAACGGCGGAACAAAAAACGGGAGUGAAGAGAGAGUACAUCGCCUUGGGUGCUCUGACUUUUAUCGGACUGUAUCUGCUGUUUGGAUACGGAGCCUCGCUGCUCUGCAAUCUGAUUGGCUUUGCCUAUCCAGCAUAUUUCUCCAUUAAGGCCAUCGAGAGCAACAAUAAGGAUGAUGACACACAGUGGCUGACCUACUGGGUUGUCUAUGGACUCUUCAGCAUCGUAGAGUUCUUCUCUGACAUCUUCCUCUUCUGGUUCCCCUUUUACUAUGCUGGCAAGUGUUUGUUCCUGAUCUGGUGCAUGGCUCCAGUGACGUGGAACGGUUCUGAAAUCUUGUACAAGCGUGUGAUCCGGCCAUUUUUCUUGAAACACCAGGCUACCAUGGACAAUGUGGUCAGCGAUCUGAGUGCCAAGGCAAAGAGCGUGACCGAGUCCGUCACAAAGGAAGCUGUUAAUCAGGUCCUCAACCAUCAGAAGGACCAGUAAGAAACAUGGGAAGACCUUCUGUGUGUGUGUGUGUGUGUGUGUGUGUUUGUGUGUGUGUGUGAGUAUGUGUUUCCUGGACGAGUGAAUGAGUGAGUGUAUAUGUGUUUGUUGUUUGGCUUUUGGUUUAGUGAACCAAAGAUUCACACCCGUGAAAAUAAAUAAAAGCUCAUUUGAUCACCCACAUCAGUUCACUGCCAUCGGUACCGCCAAGACAAUCAGACAACUGUGACCUAUUUAUGUGAGCUUAUUUUCUUUGUUGUAGUGUGACAAAAUGGAUGGAAUGAAAUGUGUGACAGCAAAAAUUAUGAUUGUGCACCUGCAGGUUUCGGCAACACUGGAGGUGUAGUCAAUAAUAUUCAGGUGCAUGUCUAAUUGAGCCAUUUGUGACUGAAAACACACAGAUAACACUACGGUUACAAAAGCAAGUUGCCUUGAGAUGUAUCAUAAACGGCAUAUUCUAACAUUACUCAAAAAUGGAGCUUUUACGUGUCAUUAAGUGUCUUCUUGCUCUUAAAAGCCUUAUUGUCAUAUGUGUCAAGCAGCAUUUAAAGUCUGUUUGAGCUUUAGGGAAAGUUCUCACUCCACACUUUAACUGGACAACCUCUGCCUUUUGAUAUGUCUUAAAUUAUCAUCUAAUUAUGAUGAAACAAUAAAACUGGAACCAUGAUGAACUGUA